UGCUGGAACCAGGAAGGCGCUGAGCUUAAAUUGAAGCAAGUUCUGAGGACGCCGGUGGCGCCGAGGUUAGAAGAGGGGGUUCCAGGUCCCCACGUCAGGAGGUGCGAACCCGAAGGUCGACCCAGAAAUGGGACGCCGGUCUUCAGACACUGAAGAAGAAAGCAGAAGCAAGAGGAAAAAGAAACACAGGAGGCGGUCAUCUUCAAGCAGCUCUUCAGACAGCAGGACGUACAGCCGCAAGAAAGGCGGGAGGAGGCCAAGGUCGGAGUCACGAUCCUGGUCUAGAGACCGCCAGCCUCGCUCACAUUCUUAUGAGAGAAGACGCAGGCGCAGGUCAAGCAGCAGCUCUUCUUAUGGCUCUAGAAGAAAACGCAGUCGCAGUCGUUCCAGGGGCCGAGGGAAGUCCUAUAGAGUUCAGAGGUCUCGGUCAAAAAGCAGAACAAGAAGGUCCAGGUCAAGACCUCGUCCACGCUCACAUAGUAGAAGCAGUGAAAGAUCCAGUCACAGAAGAACUCGUAGUAGGUCCAGGGACAGAGACAGACGUAAAGUUCGGGACAAAGAGAAGAGAGAAAAGGAGAAGGAUAAAGGCAAAGACAAAGAGGCGCACAGCAUCAAACGCGGGGAUUGUGGAAACAUCAAAGCUGGAUUAGAACAUCUGCCUCCAGCUGAGCAGGCCAAAGCCAGACUUCAAUUGGUCCUUGAAGCUGCUGCAAAAGCUGAUGAAGCAUUAAAAGCCAAAGAAAGGAAUGAGGAAGAAGCAAAGAGAAGAAAAGAAGAAGCUCUUCAGUCUGCAAGGAACCAAGAAAUGUCGCUGGCUGUUUCUGCGUCUGUGCAGAGGCUGAAUGUUUGCGAUAAUGUGAUUUUCCUGUCUGGGUUGGGAGUAAAGCUGAGAAGUGCGUCUUCUCUGAUUUUCUUGGUUAGAGAUGGCUCAGGGUUUGAAAGCGCGACUGCUCUUCCCACAGGUCCCAAGUUUGAUUACCAACGUCAUGAUGGCUCUGACACCCUGUUAUGGGGACUCUGA